ACCCUGUACAUCUCCCUUUUAAAGCAAGUGCCGUAUGUACGAGACAGACGUGUGUGAUUCCUAGCAGACAGAAAUAAUUAUUUAAAAACAAAGAAUUAAAAAAACGGAGUCAUGUCUCACGCUAAUCCGGCUCUCGCCUAUGCCCUUUCUGUCGCUUUAUUCAUUAUCACAAUAGUGUCCUUCAGCCAUGGGCUUAAAUGUUACCAGUGUGGCCAAUACACAGACGGCGUCGGCUCUAUCACACCUUGUCUCAACUUCACAGAAGACAAUCUGAAAGAGUGCCCGAGCAAUAAAAACCAAAAUUGCAUAAAAUUCGUCACCGAGGGCAGCAUUGUCAGAGAAUGCGCAAACGAGUGCUCUGAGAAACGCGAGUCCUGGGGGACGAAGGUGUUCUGCUGCUCCGAAAACGCCUGCAACCAGGGUCACAGAGAGAGAUCGGCGGCCAUUGUCCUAACUGCUCCCUUGAUCCUACUUGUCCGGCAAGUCUUCAAACUUACCUACUAACAAGGUUCGCCCUAAGGGUGACCUGUACACACGCUUUAACCUCUGACUCAAAAUGUAGAAUUUUUCCAUAACAAAACAAAAAUUAAACAAUAACAAAAUCAUUUUUAAAGUCUCAACAGACAUAUAUUAACACUUUUUUAAACUUAUUUCAGCAACUGAGCUGAACAUGUUUGUACUUUAACCUAAUAAUUAACAAUUAUAAAAUAAACUUUUAUCUUUCCACACAUUGUAUAUUUUUUAAAAACCACCAAUUUCCUUUG